UAUUAUUAUUUACCGUACAGAUAUUUAGUAUAAUCCAUAUGAUUAUAUUUUAUAAUUUUUUAUUACAUACUUAUUGUUAUUACAAGUUACAAGUAGCAAGCUGCUCAAUUGUAUUGGCUUUUCUGCAAAAAUUCGCAGUCCAAUCGGACUCGUUAACAAAAUUACACGGGUUGACUUACUUACCGUCCCGUCACGGCCGUCAGUCACGCAUCUCAUGAUUACUCUUCUUUGCGGUGAUCUCUGGUGACAAAUUGGCCAUGUGCAAUGGCGACGGCCAUAGCGCCAGACACGCACAAACCUGCGGAGAGCACUCUGGUAAUAAUGAUCUGCCCCUCGCCGGAUACUCUCUCACUUACCAAUGCACCUUCUUCAAGAUGCUCGCUGUGCGAGAAAAUCUUCCCGACCUACGAAAUUUCCAGGGUGCACGCGCUACUGCAUCAUGGGUUUUCUAGCGCCGAGUGCCACUUUCAGGCUGGUCAUCAGGAGAAAUUCCAGGCGUCCAGCGUUAACUGCGGCGAUUUGGACUACGAUGUGCGAUUUUACUGCCCGUUCCCGAAGUGCAGAUUUGCGGCGGCUCCAUCAGCGAAUAAUACUCGGAAAAUAAAUCAAAGAGACGUCUCUCGCCAAAGGAUCAACAAAUUUUUCGAAGAGUUUCGCUAUUUGAGAGACCAUUAUGCGCGAAUGCAUGCCGAUGUGGUGAUGCGCUGCACGAAAUGCAAUCAGAAAUGUCGCACUCAUUCUGAACUCCAGCAGCACAUGACGCACUGCCGACCGGAAGUGUGUGAUUGUGGCAAGCUAGUGCGAACGCGAUGCGGAAUCCUUAAUCAUCGGAAGAAGUGUCUCGUUGCUCGUGGCAUGGCGCCGGUACCGUCAAAGAAGGCACCGGAAGUGCUCAGUGCGGCACCGGUUAUGCCAAUGAAACCGAUCUUGCCAAAAAAUCGCACCAACGAUGUUAUACAGCCCGCGCGUCCAUCCAGCAUAUUGUCCAUAAACUCUUGUGUCCAGACCACGGAAAGCAGUCUCUCAAGGGCGCCGCGUGCUGUAUUCUCCAAAGCAGCGCAGUGCGAAGCGACGACAAGUCCCAAGCGCCCAUCCUCAGCGCAGUCCUCGUCAUCAUCGUUUUCUUUCCGGAGUAGUGCUGCACAGACCGUUCGCCUUCAUAAACAGCAGAAACUGCUGCAGAUUGAUGCAUUCACGCAGACGGAUCUCUUAGAUGAUAACGAAGGCCUUUCUGCUCAGUUGAGUCUUAUCACGCAGGAUGCCAGUGAUCUCCUUAUGUUCUUGGAAUCCAACGACGCCGAUCCGAUAUUUCGAACUGGCACCACCACGCAGACUCAGACCAAUGAAGACGAGAUGGCGCCGUUCUUGUUUUCCUCCACGAGCAUCCAGACGCAGACCUUCGGAUGUGGCUCGGAUGAACUCCUUAUUAAUUUGAUGGAAGAGGAUGGCCCAUCGGAUUCGGCGGGGCUGUUUGAAGAUCUGAUGCAGGAGUCCGUUGACAUGCAGACCCAAACGCUGGAAGGUCUGGGAAAUCUGUUUUGGGAUUGUAAUGACGCGCAUACCCAGACUUCCGGGUCGACUGGUGGAAAUUAUGACUUUUCGUUUGUUUAGCGGAUUGGAAAUUUUGCACGCUUUAUUUGUUUUAAUCGAAUUAGGUGCAGCGGUAUCCCGUGUACCAGAAACUGGUUUCCAGAAUUUGUGUUGUCGGAUUGUUUAUUUCUGUUUUGAUCCUUGCUUUGUGAUGUAACUCAGCUGUUUUUUUUGGAAACAGUUUUUUUAUUAUUAUCAUCGCUACUGUAGAGUGAUCAUAAUAAUAAUAAUUUAAGACAU